AUGGCGCCGAAGCAGGCGACGCUGGGAAAGUUCUUCGGAGCGAAGGGAUCCAAGCCUGAGCCUCAGCAGAGCAAGCUGAGCUUCGCCACCAAGGCGGCCCCGAAGAAAGAUGUCAAAAAGGAGGACGAUCCCGUGGAUGUCGCCAUUACGACACGGCAUUCCCCUAGCAAGCCACGGAAACGUACCAGAAGCCCGAGCCCAAAGGUCAAGAAUGAGGUCGUCGAGGAGGAGGAAGAUGAUGAACCUGCCACAAAGAGGCCGCGCAGAGGCCGCAAACGUGUCAUCGAGGACGAAGACGAAGAUGAAGUGAUGGAUGAAGCUCCGACCAAGUCACCUUCAACGUCACCGAAUACUUCCAAGGCCAGGAAGAACAGUCCAGUGAAGUCCGCGAAGGCUGCAAAGCCUAACUCUGACGCACCAAAGACGUCCCGAUCGAGGAGAGUAACCAAGUCUCCUAUACCUGCACCUGCCGUCGAGUACGAAAAGGGGGAUACAACGGAGUCUGCGUCCGAAGACGACGUUGUUGAAGAUGACGAAGAGGAGGCCAAGCCUACGGUAGCGAAAAAGACCUUGGAAAAGGUGCAGAUGAAACUGAAGACCCAAACAAAGAACCCAUAUCCCGACUGGAAGGCGGGCGAACCAGUUCCCUACGCCGCACUCUGUACGACGUUCUCCCUCAUCGAGCUCACGACCAAGCGGCUAGAGAUCAUGGCUCAUUGCUCUCUGUUCCUUCGGCAAGUUCUGCGUUUGACCCCCGACGAUCUUCUUCCCACUGUUCUGCUCAUGAUCAAUAAGCUGGCUCCUGACUAUGCUGGCAUUGAGCUGGGCAUUGGGGAGUCGCUCAUCAUGAAGGCCAUUGGCGAAUCUACGGGACGAAGUCUCGCAGUCAUCAAGCAGGACCAAAAGGAGAUUGGAGAUCUUGGUCUUGUUGCCGUCAAGAGUAGAUCAACGCAGCCAACCAUGUUCAAGCCCAAAGCUUUGACAAUACGAGGAGUUCACAAGGGUCUCAUGGGCAUCGCUACUGUUUCCGGGAAUGGUGCCCAAGGCCGGAAGGUGGACGCCAUCAAGAAGCUACUGUCAGCAGCCGACUCUCAUUCCUCCGGAAGGGUGGACAUCACUAAGGAUAAAGGCGGUCCCAGCGAAGCCAAGUAUCUUGUCCGGUUCCUCGAGGGCAAGCUUCGAUUGGGACUGGCUGAGAGGUCUGUUUUGGUAUCUUUGGCUCAAGCUGUGAUAUUCCACGAGGCCGACGUCAAAGGUCAGGCACCCAAGACGACAGACGUAGAGCAAGCCGAAUCCGUUCUCAAGACAGUCUACAGCGAACUCCCGAGCUACGAUGUCAUCAUCCCCGCCAUGGUGGAACACGGCAUCAUGAACUUGCGCGAUCAUUGCAAGCUGCAGCCCGGCAUACCCCUGAAGCCCAUGUUGGCGAAACCGACGAAAGCUAUCACUGAAGUUCUUGACCGCUUUGAAAACCAGACCUUCACCUGCGAGUACAAGUACGACGGUGAACGAGCGCAGAUCCAUUACGUUGCGAAGUCUGCGGAUGAGGAGAUUUGUCAAUCUUUACCGGGGGCUACGACAGCUGCGGCAGACGGUGUUGCCGCCAUCUUUUCCCGUAACUCGGAAGAUCUGUCCAAGAAAUACCCAGACAUUCUUGCCAAACUUCACACUUGGGUCAAGGCGGAUACGAAGAGCUUCGUCCUUGACUGUGAGACAGUUGCGUGGGAUAUCGACGAGAAGAAGGUCCUGCCUUUUCAGCAGCUGAUGACGCGGAAGAAAAAGGACGUCAAAAUCGAAGAUGUCAAGGUCAAGGUCUGCGUUUUUGCGUUCGACCUCCUCUACCUCAACGGCGAGGCCAUUGUCGAAAAGUCACUCAGGGAGCGUCGUGAGCUCCUGUUGAAUGCGUUUACACCGGUGGAAGGUGAAUUCGCCCUUGCUACACACAUGGAUGGACAGGAACUGGAGCAGAUCCAAGUGUUCCUCGAUGAGAGCGUCAAGGCGUCCUGCGAGGGUCUGAUGGUGAAGAUGUUGGACGGCUCGGAGAGCGGGUAUGAGCCCAGCAAGAGGAGCCGAAACUGGCUCAAGAUCAAAAAGGAUUACUUAAGCGGCAUCGGCGACUCGCUCGAUCUCGUAGUAUUAGGUGCAUACUACGGUAAAGGGAAGCGUACAUCUGUCUAUGGCGCGUUCCUCUUGGCAUGCUAUAACCCGUCGUCCGAAUCGUAUGAAACUGUCUGCAAUAUCGGCACGGGAUUCUCCGAGGCCGUUCUCGAGGAGCUGCACAAGCAGCUCUCGGACAUUGUCAUUGACCGGCCAAAGCCGUUCUACGCACACUCCUCGGGCGGGCAACAUCAGCCCGACGUGUGGUUCGAGCCUCGUUACGUCUGGGAGGUCAAGACGGCCGAUUUGACGCUCAGCCCGCGCUACAAGGCCGGGUGCAAAGAAGGAGUCGACCCUGGCGGCGAGAAGGGAAUCAGCCUGCGCUUCCCGCGCUUUAUCAAGGUGCGCGACGACAAGAAGGCCGACGAGGCUACAUCCAGUCGCCAGGUGGCCGAGAUGUAUCGCAAGCAGGAGAGCGUAACCAAGAGCAAAGGCCCCGCGGUGGAUGAUGAUUUUGAGUAUUAA